GUCAAAUUCAGAAGACAAAACUGGUAGCCAGGCAACUUCCCAAAUAUGAUGCCACCACUCAGUAACAAAAAACCUUAAUAUCAAAGUAACCAUUUUUUGUUUUUCAUAUUUAUUUUUUCUCCUUUCUAGCUGUUCCAUCACCAUAAGCAGAUCCAAAUUCACAACCAAGAACUUCCCAAACCCCAAAGACAAAGGAGAAAAUGAGUGGUGAAGAGAAAAACAGAGCUGUAGUUGUAGAUCACCAGCACCAUCAGUACGGAACUUUCCAAGGAGUAGCCAACUACCCUCCUCCUCCUCCUCCUCCACAGCACCAGCACCAGCACCAGCACCAUCAGCCAGCUAUUGGGUUUCCUCAGCCUGUUCCACCUCCUGGCCUUCAUGAACCCUCUGCUCCUCCUCCUCAAUAUUACCCCCAACCCCAAGGUUACCAAACUGUUCCAGGAUAUGCUGUCGCUGAAGGAAGACCAGUAAGAGAGCGUCGCCUACCUUGCUGUGGCAUUGGUAUUGGAUGGUUCUUGUUUAUCAUUGGUUUCUUCCUUGGGGCCAUCCCCUGGUACAUUGGAUUGUUUAUUCUAGUUUGUGCAAGAAUAGACUACCGGGAGAAACCAGGAUAUAUUGCUUGCACAAUUGCUGCCAUUCUUGCUACAAUUGCAAUUGUUCUUGGUGUUACAAAGGGGGCUCAUGAUUGGUAAGCUCUUCCGAGAGUGUAAAGGAUGGAAAAUAAUGUAUAUGCCUUUUCCUGAAAGCUAUCUUUAUGACAAUUUGCUAGAAGAUUUGUGUGAACUAUAGUGGAAAUCAUGAAUGAUGGAACAUUAGUAAUAUCUGUUUAUUAUCAGUGCUUGAUAGCAAUGCAGAUUGUUACUCUAUAAAGUUUUACUAAGACUUAUUAAGCAAAUAUGAAGCAUAUAGGUGCUAAUUGUAUCAUGUUUGCAUGGUAUCUAUCUAUACCUAAAAAGGAAAACUUAGUUCAGUUGGAUUC